AGCCCUCUACAGAGCCGUCAUGCAGGAGAAUUAUGAGACUGUGACCUCGCUGGGGUUUGCAGUUCCUAAACCUGAUGUGAUCUCCCAGCUGGAACAAGGGGACGACCCCUGGGUCCCAGACCUCCAGGGCUCAGAGGAACAAGAGAUCCUGAGAGGUGCCCUCACAGGUGGUGGGAUGGUGAGUGAGACUGAGGAACAGAACCCGCAGCAGAAGGCUGCUGAGCAUGUGGAACGGCACGGGGUACUGUUGCGAAGAUCCAAACGGAAGGUGUCCAGUAGUCAUGAGCAGCAAAAAAGUGGUGAGAGUCAGCACAGGCCAGAGAGGCAGCAGGGAAACCAGCCAGAAGAGAAAGUGGGUAAAUCCAUUAAUAGUCAGGGAACUCACAAGGAUCUCAAGGGAACCACAGGCCAGCACAGAAUCCUCACAGGAGAGAGAAAAAAAUCCUGCACGGAGUGUGGGAAAAACUUCCGUAGACGUGCAGACCUUAUUAAUCAUGAGAGAAUCCACACAGGAGAGAGACCCUAUGAAUGUAGUCAGUGUGGGAAAACCUUCACUCAGAGUUCAGCCCUUACUAGGCAUCAGAGAAUCCAUACAGGGGACAGACCCUAUGAAUGCUGCGAAUGUGGGAAAAACUUCUCUGACAGAUCAACCCUUAUUCAGCAUCAGAGAAUCCACACAGGGGAGAGACCCUAUAAAUGCAGUGAAUGUGGGAAAAGCUUCACUGACAGCUCAGCCCUGAUUCAACAUCAGAGAAUCCACACGGGGGAGAGACCCUAUAAAUGCUGUGAGUGUGGGAAAAACUUCACUCAGCGCUCAACCCUUAUUACACAUCAGAGACUUCACACAGGAGAGAGACCUUAUGAAUGCUGCGAGUGCCAGAAAAACUUUAGUAAUUGCUCAGCACUUAUUUAUCAUCAGCGAAUCCACACAGGAGAAAGACCCUAUGAAUGCUGUGAGUGCGGGAAAACCUUCACUGACAGCUCAACCCUUGUUACACACCAGAGAAUCCACACAGGAGAGAGACCGUAUGAAUGCCAUGAGUGUGGGAAAAGCUUCACUGCCAGCUCAACCCUUGUUACACAUCAAAGAAUCCAUACUGGGGAGAGACCCUAUGAAUGUUGUGAGUGUGGGAAAAGCUUCACUCAGCGCUCAACCCUUAUUACACACCAGAGAAUUCACAUAGGCGAGAGACCCUACAUAUGCUAUGAGUGUGGGAAAAGUUUCACUGACACCUCAACCCUUAUUACACAUCAAAGAAUCCACAGCGGAGAGAGACCGUAUGAAUGCAGUGAGUGCGGGAAAAGCUUCACUCAGAGCUCAGCCCUUAUUACGCAUCAGAGAAUCCACAGCGGAGAGAGACCGUAUGAAUGCUGUGAGUGCGGGAAAAGCUUCACUCGGAGCUCAGCCCUUCUUUAUCAUCAGAGAAUCCACAAGAGAUAGGAACACCAUAAAAACCUUGUCUAAAGCCGACAAAAGAUUUGUUUUUAUCUUUAAUAGUUUUGCUAAUUUCCACAUAGUGAACUUUAAAGCUAUUUGCACCAUUUCCUUCACUGUGGUCCCUCAGCUCCCCCAGGUGAGUUGUCUGUU